CAAUUUCCCGUAACAAACAACACCCUGUAUUUGCCAAUUGCCACCACGCCUUCUCCUUCUUCUUCUCUUCUCAUCCUCCUCCGCCAACUCACGAUUGUCACAAUUUCUCCCCGUCCCAGCAGCGCCUGUGCGCCGAAUCUCCCGUCCUGCUCCAGAAGCUUCCCGGUUCGCGAUUCGAGCAGGCUCCGUCCCCUCGCCCGCGAGGCGCGGGGCGUUCGGUGUUCGUCGGAGCUGCUCUGAUUCGCGGGGGUGUUCCCCGGGGAAUGCUCUACCUCAAGCUGCCGGCGGGGGACUUAGGGUUCCGGCGGGAGGAGGCGGGGCGGUGAUCCCGUGGCUCAAGGGAGGGCGGGGUCUGAAACUGUUGAUCCGGUCGGGCGUCCAUGGCUGCGGCGGCGGCGGCGGCGGCGCAGGAGGCCGAGGUGGCCUGCCUGCAGAGCUUCGAGCUCCAUGAGAGCGAGUCGAGGUUGUACAUUCUCGGAACUAAUGCUGACAAGACGCUUUGGAGAUUACUCAAGAUUGAUAGAUCCGAGACAUCUGAGCUUGGCAUAGAGGAGUGUUCUACUGUGUAUACACAAAGUGGAUAUCUUGAACUGUUAAAUGGUCUUGAUGAAGACCACAGGCCAACUGGUGGGUUAAAAUUUGUUACCAAAUUUUAUGGCAUACUUGGUUUCAUUAAGUUCCUCGGGCCAUUUUACAUGUUAAUUAUUACCGAACAAAAAAAAAUCGGGGAGAUAUUUGAUCAUCCAGUGUACCAGGUGACUAAGACUUCAAUGGUCGAGCUAGCAAAUUCUAAGACUCGAUCCAGUUUUCUAAAUUCGAAGGAUGAGAACAGAUACAAGAAGGUUUUGAAUACACUUGAUCUUAGGAAGGACUUCUUUUUCAGUUACUCAUACCCUAUCAUGAGAAGUCUUCAAAAGAAUUUAAGUGACCCACAAGAAGGGUGGACCUUAUAUGAGUCAACCUUUGUGUGGAAUGAGUUUCUUACGCGACAGAUACGCAAUUGUCUCAGAAGCACUUUGUGGACGGUUGCAUUAGUCUAUGGUUUUUUUAAGCAGGAGAAAUUUGCAAUAUCUGGGAAGGACAUUAUGUUUACGCUCAUUGCUAGGCGGUCAAGGCAUUAUGCUGGAACCAGAUAUUUGAAGAGAGGAGUGAAUGCGAAGGGCAGAGUAGCAAAUGAUGUCGAGACUGAGCAAAUUGUGUAUGAAGCUGUGCACAGGCCUACAGAAGUAAGUUCUGUUGUGCAGAACAGGGGUUCGAUCCCGCUAUUCUGGUCACAGGAUAGAUCAAAGUUGAAUAUUAAACCUGAUAUCAUCUUGCACCAGAAGGACAAGAAUUAUGAAGCUACCAAGCUUCAUUUUGAAAAUCUUAGGGGAAGAUAUGGCAACCCUAUCAUUAUCCUAAACUUGAUUAAGACACGCGAAAGGCGAGAGUCUAUACUUCGUCGUGAAUUUGAUAAGGCAAUAAGGAUCUUAAACCAAAAAUUUCCAGAAGAGAACCAUUUACGGUUCCUGCAUUGGGAUCUUCAUAAAAACUCUCAAGGAAAACCUACAAAUGUGCUCGAUGUUCUUCUGAAAGUGGCUUUUCGGGCUCUGAGUCUGACAGAGUUCUUCUAUUGUCAAGUUGUACCACCAUCAGGGUCUGAGGGUCCUCCUCAUUGGCCUGCCAUCUUGAAUGGCCAAGAUCCAUAUUUUUGUGAUGAAAACAGCAACAGCGACAUAUCCCAAGACGAUAUCUCAGGCAGUUCUGAUUCCUCGGGCAAUGGAACCGCAGAAGACAAAGCUGAAACCAGUGAAUCGCCCAAACUAAAACCACCAAUAUUCCAAAAAGGUGUCUUACGGACAAAUUGUAUAGACUGCUUGGAUCGUACAAAUGUUGCACAGUAUGCCUAUGGUUUAGCUUCUCUUGGCCAUCAGCUGCAUGCACUUGGUUAUAUAGAAUCCCCAGAGCUUAAUUUAGGUGCUCCUGUGGCUCAACAUUUGAUGCACUUUUAUGAGAGGAUGGGUGACACGCUUGCUGUACAGUAUUGCGGUUCAGCUGCUCAUAACAAGAUAUUUUCUGCGAAGAGAGGCCACUUGAAGCUCUUUAUACGCACACAGGAGUUCUUCAGGACACUGCAACGGCAGUACAGCAAUGCCUGUAUAGAUGCGAACAAACAGGCAGCAAUAAACUUAUUUUUGGGAUACUUCCAACCAAAGGAGGGAAGUCGUGCACUCUGGGAGCUAGAAUCAUCUUCCGAGGAACAUAACAAUGAACCUUUUUAUGAGGACACAAGUGAUGAUGCAAUAAAAAGAGUGAAUUCAGAUGGAAGCAUUCUUUCUGUAAGCAAAUCAUCCAUAUCUGGAUGUAGUGGUUGCCAUAAUGAAUUGUUGAAUGCAGCACAACCUGAUGUCAAUAAUGAGUUACAAUUUCCAAAUUCGGAGUCUGAUUUGCUGUACGAAAAUGAGAUUUCAUCAACCUUUGAAAGUGAGGUGUCAAACACAAGGUAUACCCCCACAGUCUCACAUAUACAUCACGCCCCAAGCAGUCAACCAGAUUAUUGCAAUGAUUCGGGUGAUUCGAACUUCUUGGAUGUUGAAUGGCUUUCGACUUCAGGCAAUUCAAGUGAUGAAAGGUCAAUUGCAAUUAGCACGCCAGAUGUUCACCUUUCAAGUGAGAAUGUGAUUGGUGACAUAAAUCCUGAGACCAUGGAAAACGAGGUUGCUGAGGUCCAGGCUCAGAACUUACCCAAGCAGUUCGUUGAGUGGGUUAACGACGGCGACACCUUUUGGUUUUGAGAUCGCUCUGGUGCUGUGUCUUACAUGGUGGCUGCUUAGAAGACCCAACUCUCUUUCCCAAGUAGUCACUGGAUGGAUCAAGUAGCAGAUUUGGAGGCGAGGAGAGAUGGAUGGUCGAGCACUUCAGGCUAUUUGCUAUCCCAUACCAUCCUUUUUUUUCUUCUUCUCUUUUUGAGGGGCCUGACGACAUUUACCAUGUGGUACCAUAUCAUAUCAUCCUAGGUUUCACCCAUUCCACCUAAGGGGCAGAUAGUGCUUACAAGUUCCAGCAUUGGUUGCCUAUGCUCCCGGAGCCCUUUAGGAAGUAGUAUACCGUCAUGUUUGUUUGUUCUCAUGUACCUACUAGGGUCUAGGAGCAAGUAGAUAGGUAUUUUCCUUACAUUUUGGAAAGAAUAUAGAGAUAGGUAUGAUAAUUGUUGUUCUUUUAAAAAUGUGUACUGUUCAUGGGGAAAAAAAUUUCAUUUUCAUGUGUAAAUAUAUAUGCGAUUGAGGUGUCUUUUGGUGGUUGAGGUAGAUUGGGAAGCACAUUUUUUUC